ACCCAUUUAAAUUUUUUUAAAAUUUUAAAAUUUAUUAAAUACUUUAAAUUUUUCAAAAGAUAUAAAUGAAAUAAUAUAUUAACUAAAAUUAACAUAUAAAUUGGUUUGGUUUGAAUACUUGGAUUAAGAAUCAAUAGUUAUUUUAAGUAUUUUUGUUAUUUUAAAUAUACUUUAGCUACUUUAGAUAUGUACUUUUGACUUUUUGUAUAUAUAUUUCAAGUAUUUUGGACAAUUUAAACAUAUUUUAUAUAUUUUGAAUGUUUUUAAUAUACAUUAAAUAUAAAAAUAAUUAAUAUAUAUAGUUAUAUAAAUAUAUUUUGGGUACGUGAAAUAUUUCGGUUCGGUCGGAUUCAGUUUCAGUUUUCUUUUUUCUUUUGUCAUCAAUAAUACAGACUCAUAACUGAAAUUUUGAAUCUGUUUAGAUAUUUAAUGAUAUUACUUUUUCGAAUUGGGUUCGGUUCGAUUUUUCGGAUUUGUGUUUUCUGACCAGCCCUAACCACGUUAUAUAGUUUGAUUUUCAUAAACGUUUGAAAGCCCAAAAAGAUAAAUAAUGUUUCUUAUUAAGGUUUAAACAAACCCUGAAACGGCCCAUUUAGUAGAGCAUGAUCCUUUGAUACUCCGGCGCAUGGCACAUUUUUUAUACAAUUUCAAUCCUUCUUUGAACAAUUUUGCUACAAUGUGUGUGAAAAGAUUAUGUCGCAAACAGUUAUCACAUGUGGGUAUAAAAGUCUUUAUUUUAGACGAAAAUGAAUGCAUGUAUUUUCAAAUACUAAUGCUUUCCAUGUGUUUUCCCCCUCUGUCCUUUAGAAUACUACUCUUCAUUUACUAGCUGAUAAUAAGUCAACGUCUAGGGAGACAAAGCAUGAGUGAGAGAAGUUCAUCACCUCUUUAUCUCUGUCGUAUGUUUUACUAGAUAGUGGUGUUCAUGCAUGAUCUGUUAAGUGAGAAUAGAGAGAAAAACAAAGAAAAGUGCUAUUUAAUUAAAGGUAAAUUACGUUGAAAUUUUUCAUUUUUUGCUGUCGUCAGUUGCAUAGUCGAUUACUCAUCUGACUUUUCAUCUCACCUUAAUUUAAAUAAUGGUCUACUGUCUAUAAUGGAUACAUAUAUGAGAAUGAGAUCACAAUAAAAAAAUUAUAUGAUAUGACGAUUUUUCUUGCGACACAAAAAUCUAUAUGAAACAUGUUUCUAAUUACACCUCAUUUAUGUACACACAUAACCGAACCGGUUUUAAUUGUUCUAAUUAAACCAACAUUUUCAAUGAGUUCAACAACUUGCAUCAAUACAUGUGAACAAAAUUAUGUAGCAAAAUAAAAUUCAAAUGUGGGUAUAAGAGUCAUCAUAUUAGAAGAAAGUGAAUGCUGCAUUUUAAAUACUAAUGCUUUUCAUGCUUUUUUACCUUUGUCCUUUGGAAUAGUUCUCUUCAUUUGUUAACUACUAAGUCAUUGUCUAGGGAGAUCGAGCAUGAGACAAGUUCUUAUUUUCUCUUUACUCUUUAAUUCUUUAUCUCGGUUGCAUGAUAUUAGUAGAUAAUGUGGCUUUCCAUGCAUUUUCUGUUAGUAAUUAAGGGACACCAGCCGGGACUUUUGCAGAUCCAGCAUCGGAGAAGCUAUUCAACGACGUCGCUGCUUGAGUUAAAGAGCGUGAAAUGCAGUUAAUCCAUCAGUUUCCCGAUCGAUUAUCCAUCCAAUUGUCAACAGAGGAGGUUGACAAGAUCUUCCAAGAUAUAAACUUUUAAAAUAUGUUUAUAUUUUAAUAAUUAUUUUAUAAUUACUUAAAUUAAUUUUUUUUCUUUUUGGUGCCUCCUAGAAAGAAGGGAUGGACAGUAGGCAUAGGCUCCGUCAACGAAGUCCCAAGGGCAACUUUGUCCUACGCUUCGAGACGAGAUCAUGAAACUUCUCAGAUGCAUGCUUGGAUGGAUGCCAACAGGUCCGUUUGGACUCCCUUAAAAAUCUUCUCGACGUUAUGGUGAUUGAAAAACCGCUUCUGCAUAGAGCGUUGGAACAUAGAUGACAGACUCUCGGGAUGGGACAGCUUCCCCAUAAUCUAGGGAUCAAGAUUCUCCGAAAACGAGCGGGCCCAACAACUACUUCGAUGGUGUGUUCCGUAGUUUUUUCAUUUUAUAAAUUAUAAAUUUAAAUAUUAUUUUAUGACAUUUGUCUCUUAAAAAUAUAUAUUUCAAAUUUCAAAUUUUCGUUUUCUAAUUUAAAUACUUUAAAUUUUAAAUUAUAAUUUUAAUUUCAAUAUUAUUUCAUACAUAUAAUACGACAAUGAGUCGUAUAGUCCUCGUAAAAUUAACAUGGAGUUUACUUGGAUUCUUUGUAAAAUCUUUGUAAGUUUUACAAGGUCUUUUCAACGAAAUACUUGUAAUUUCCUUGUAAAUUUUACAAGAACAUUACAUGCAAAAAUUUGUAAAUUCGUCGUAAGUUUAACAACUAUUUAAAUACGAUAUUACAACAAAGUUUAACUCUAACACUUACAACGCGUUUACGACGAAUAAGUUUUCGUCACUUUUACGAUGAAUAAGUUUUCUUCUCUCUUUCGAUGAUGAAUAAAUUUUCUUCGCCUUUAGGACGAAUACUUUUCCUCGUAAAUUUUACACGGAAAUUAUGAUGAAUUUUCCAUUAUGACGAUCGUUUAACAAUGAAAUGUGCUCCCUUGUUAAUUCGUAUUAACACUCCUAUUAUGACGAAUUAACACAGUUUUCUUGUAGGGUAAAAAAAACAAAGAAAGUCGUAUCUUAGAUGUUUACAUUAAAAUCUUUGAUAUUUUCAAAAUUGAGCAACAUGAAAACAACUUCAUUUAGUUUUCAUAGUUACGUAAUCAAUUAAUCAUUUGACUUUCGGUAUUACCUUAUUACAAAUAAUAAUAUAUUGUCUAAAAUGGACACAUUGGUACGAUCACAAUAAACAAAUUCAAUGACAGACGAAAUCUUGAUCAGUUAUGAAAGUGGCUUCCACAAAAAGAAAAGGUAUUUCUUUGACAAUUGUUUUCAUUAUUUUUUAUUAUAAUUUUUAAUGAUAAUUUUACUAUAAAUUAGAAAAAAAAAUACAAGAAUAGUUUUUUACAACUAACAGUUUAUACUUACUCUAUUAAAAAGGAAAGGUAUGAUUUAAAAUUUUACACAUCGGAAAAUAUAUCUUUAGUUUUGAUUAUAGUGCAUUAUUUUAUGAGAUUAUCUAUUUAUUAUAAUUUUAAACUAAUAAAAAAUCAUUAUUUACAAUUAACUUUUUGAAGGUUACACUUUUUCAAUAUCACCUUAUAAAAUGCAUAGAAAUUGUAUAUUUUUGAAACAAUUUUUUCAAAAGUUGUAUCUUUCUAAAGUGGAAUGAAUAUAUUUUACGAGAAUUAAUAGAACUAAACUCUAAACCAAAAGAGUUUCCACCACAACAAGUGACAGUGAUUAAGAAUUAAUCAUUCCAAUAAUCUAGUAAAGAAUAAGGCCACUUGGCCUACUGUGUUUUAACGCUGUAAAACAUUUGAGUUCUCAUGCAAAUUUAAAUCGAAUAUCUUUUUACAAAAAAUAAUAAUCUAGUAAAGAAUAUAAGCUAUUAAGCCAAGUACGACUUUGUAUAUUCACUUUGUAUUGUCUCUCAAAGAUUCCGCAUACUGAAUCACUUUUCAAGAAAAAAACACCUUCUCUUUCGUUCUCUCUCUCUCUCUCUCUCUCUCUCUCUCUCUCUCUCUCUCUCUCUCUCUCUCUCUCUCUCUCUCUCUCUCUCUCUCUCUCGUGCAUAGUUUGCAUACAGCUUCAACAAUAUAAAGAGUCCAAAGGACAAAACCCGGUUACAUCUCCAAUGGAUCGCACCCACCAAUCAGAGUCCACGACCCGACCCGAAAACACCGUCGUCCUCUCCAUCGACUGUCUCAAAGGAAGCUCAAAAAGCGAGGAAUGGAGCGGCGAUAUGCUUCAAACCGGAGACAUAGUGGAAGAGAUCCGGAUCGGUUCAGGACCCGGUUCGGCUAUUUUCAAAGCUCCGUUUAAAGGAGGUAAAGCUUGGCUCCAGAAGGUUCUUCACAAUUCGUACAGGAACAAAGAAACUUCGAUUGUUGUCAGAGUCAGGCGUGGCUCCGAAGAUCUCUCUGAUCUUUCUGCUUGUAUUGUUCCUAACGAAUCCGCGGGUAAGAGACAGUACAUGCUUAGAUCCAUUGAUGACCCGAAUUAUACAGUUGGGUUCUCGGAUCGUACUGAGUCUGUUUGCCUCGGUAUACAAGCUUCAAGAGGGUCAAGAAUGGUGGAAGCAUUGGGGAGAGCUAAGCUUCAUGAUGGCUAUGUUUCAUAUCCAUGGGAAAGGCGGAUGCAAGAAGCUUUACCAAUCUCUGGAUCCAGCAACUUUCUCUCCAUUCUUUUUCUUCCUAAAGCUUCUGUUCAUGGAAGGGCGGGUUCUCGGUAUAAUGACUUGGAAGACACACUUGCUCGUGCAAAUGCUUGGCUAAGUUGUUCACAAGCUAAUGGCGUACCUAUCGUCUUUAUGAAUAUUCAGACUGAAUCUCUGCUCACUAAGAUAUCGGGAGAGACCGCCUCAGCAACGGUAAAUACGAUGACUUCGCUUUCUGACCUGUCGAAUCUCGCAAACGUGAGUUUCUAUGGGUUUGAGGAUUAUCAUGGAGUUGAUAUUGGUGUUGUGAGAGCGGUUCGGCUUUGGUAUGCUCCUCUUGGUGUUGAGUUGCCACUUGAAAUCAAACUCAGAGAUGAUGACACCAAACUUGGUUUCUCCAUUAGCCGCACUGAAGAGGGUUUCGUUUAUGUCUCCUCAGUAACGGACCACGAAGAUGAGAGUGCACCAGCUGCAAGAUCGGGCCUGAGCUCAUUAUACAGAGGUGCAGCCAAGGCCUCGCGUCGUCUGGUUGUUUCACGUGUCGGUAGCCAGAAGGUAUUGCCGUGGAUGGUUUCCUCUACAGGAGCCAUUCGCUGCUACGACACCGUUUCGCUCAGCCAGAAACUGUCGCUUCACCGUCACGCAAAGGUUUCCAUCAUCCUCUACGUUAUCCUCUGGGAUACCUCUGCCACCGCGGCUUUCUCCUCACCGCCAAGGAGCAGCAGCCACAUGUUGUUUAGUAACCAAACACUCGACUCGAGCGAGUUUUCGUGGCAUCGAAUGGCUUCGCCACCACGACAGGUCGGUGACAGACAAGUGAUGCCAUUGCCCGAUGAAGAGGAUGAUGUGUUCAGGUUGGAACGAGAGAAUGUGGGUAAUGCUUCGUUUAAGUUCCAAGAGAUCCCUUUUACUAACGAGUCCUUGUGAGUUGUGAUGAGAUACUCGCAUUUUGUGUGCUAUAUUUUUGGGGAUAUGUAUUUGUACGUGCAUGUAAAUAAUUGGAACACACUAGGGAUAUUAUACAUAAAAAAGGUCACGCUGUGUAGAUUCAAUAGUGGCUCACAUUUUUACAAUUAGGAUUAAGGGCUGGUUGAAAGUUGAAACCAUUGUUCGUAUCUCUCUUCUUUAUUACAAGUUUAGUAUAUUAGUAAUAUAAGUUACCCGGGGAAUCGGCCAUUUCCUACAUCAACAAGGACCAACGGUCCCGAUCAGUACAUAAACAUGUUACCUGUGCGAAAACAUACAUCAACUACUAGAAAGUUUAAUUUUCAUACGCAAACUUUCAAAAUUUAGUUUUAUCAUACAUUGACUUAAUUUCCGUUAGUCAAACGUUGAGCUGUCGUUAACCAGUAACAGAAAAUCGGCUAAUUCCUACAUCAACAGUGAUCAAUGGUCCAGAUCAAUACAUAAACACUUCACCUGUACAAAAACAUACAUCAACUAAUACAAAAUUUAAAUUCAAUACAUGAACUUUCGAAAUCUGUUUUUAACAUACACUAAAGCUUGACAUGCGCGUCCGUGCGGAUAUUUGUUGUUAAUUUUUUUAUAAAUUGUUUAGUGACAUUCCUAAAUAUAUAAAUUUUUGUUAAUUAUUAUGUGCCUAUACAUAAAAACCAAAGCCAUCCGGAUCUGAAAGACCCUAUUCGAAUCUCACCCAAAAUUUUAUAAUACCCGAACAAAGCAUAAUUUCAAAACCUAAAAAAAUUUGAUAUCCGAAAGAACCAAUCCAUACCCAACCGUAUACUUGAUAUCCAUAUCUUAAUGAAGUAGUUAAGAAGUAUAAAAAAAUGUAAAAGAUAUAAUAAAACACUUAAAAAUAGGUAAGUUCUGUUUUAUAUUUUUAUAAGACAUGCUGUCAAAUUAUUUGAAAAAAAUACAAUUAAUAAAGUAGUUAAGUUGAGUGAAAAUAAGGAAAGAAAAUAUGUAAUAAAUCUGUUGAAAAUAAUGUUAGUUUUAUUUUGUAAUUAAAUUUAAUAAAAUAGAUUUACCUAAUUUCCACUAGUCAAAUAAUACCGAAAAUAAAUGGUAUGUCAUGUAUUGAUUAAGUAAAGUUUUUUAUUGUAUUAUGUGAUAAUUAAACCAUAGUACGUAGUAAUUGACAGAGAGAAAUGAAAAUGUUUAGCUUAUCGAAGAAAUUCUCUUUUCUCUUUGUUCAAUUUUAUCUUCUUUCAUUUUUUUGGUGUUAGUGUUUUCUGUUGUCGUAAAAGUUGAAGAAAAAAUUAAAGAGAAAAACUAACUAAUAA